CAAUUCAGGAAAUUUGAUUGUUAAUAUAAAAAAUGAUAUUAUGUAGAGAUAUCAGAGAAUUAGUCUUAUAGGAUAAGGAAGUUUUGGAAAAGUUUAUAAAGUUAAAAAUUAGGCAAAUGAAUUACGAGCAUUGAAAAUAAUUGCAAAAAAAGACUUUACAGAUUAGAAUGAAAUUGAAAACAUGAAGAAGCUUGAUCAUCCUAAUAUUAUGGCUGUCUAUGAAAUAGCUUAAGAUGAUAACUUCUAUUAUAUAGUAAGUCAGUUGUGUGAAGGGAUUGAAUUAUUUGAUGAAAUCCAUAACAGAAUAAAAUAAAGUCAAAUAUUUUCUGAAGAAGAAGUUAGAUACAUUUUCAAAUAAAUUUUAAGUGCAAUUUCAUAUGCUCAUGAAAAGAAUAUAAUGCAUCGUGAUAUUAAGCCUGAAAAUAUACUGAUUGAUCCUACCGAUUAACAUAUAAAAAUUAUAGAUUGGGGACUUAGUAAAGAUAUGACUAAUGUUGUUUCUGUUAAAUAGAAAAUUGGAACUAUUGAUUAUGCAGCUCCAGAAGUUCUUUUAGAAAAGGGAUAUGAUAAAAAAUGUGAUUUAUGGUCAUGUGGCGUAAUUUUAUACAUUCUCUUAUCUGGAGAAGUUCCAUUUCCAGGAAAUAAUACUGGAGAAAUAGAAAAGAAAAUUGUAUCAUCAAAAAUCAACCUUAGAUAAAAAGUUUGGAAAACAAUUUCUGAUGAUGCAAAGAAUCUACUUAAAAAUUUAUUAGAGACCGAUCCUGCUAAAAGAUAUAGUGCUUAAUAAGCCUUAGAAAGUGAAUGGAUUUAAAAAUAGAGUAAACAAUUAACCAAAGAAAUCUCAUCACAAGAAAUGUAAACGAGACUUCAAAGGUUGUCUAGAUUUUGUUGUGAAAGUAAAAUGGUUUAAGCUACUUUCCAUCUCAUGAUACAAUAAAAUUUAACAUAAGAAAAAUAUAAAAAAUUGAGAUAAACCUUUUAAGAACUUGAUAAAAAUGGAGAUGGGAAAUUAAGUAUGGAAGAAUUAAAAACAUAUUGUAAUGAUGAUAUUGAUGUUGAGGAUUUGUUUAAUAGAGUUGAUACUGAUAAAAAUGGAUAUAUUGAAUUUACAGAAUUUUUGACAGCUGCAGUUGAUAUGAAAAAAUUAGCAUCUCAUGAUUAACUCAAAGAUGCAUUCAAUUUACUUGAUCAAAAUGGAGAUGGAUUCCUAGAAAUUGAUGAGAUUAAAAAAAUUUUUAAUGGAAAAAUCUAUGUUUAGAAUGAAAAUUAAUGGGAUCAACUCUUAUAAGAAAUGGAUGAAAAUGGUGAUGGUAAAAUAUCAUUAGAAGAAUAUUAAGAAGCCAUAUCGAAAUUUAUUGAUUAUAAUCAACCAUCAUCAAAUUUAGCUAGUCAAAACCCGAAUCCUGAACCAGAACCAAAUAUCAGUAAGAAGAUCAAAUUAACAGAAUCCACUUAUAAAUUAAGGAAUAGAUAAAUUAAUUGA